AUCCACCGUUGUUCUUCGGUUGUUAAAUGUAUUCCCCCUGUAUUCGAUAGUGAGGGCUCCUUCCUCUAUAUAUCCUUUCGCCGGAACCAAGCUUUGAACCGCUGGAGCGGCAUCAGGCGUAAGCUAUUUUUCUCUUUUCUCUGAUCAGUAGUCAUCUCCCCUUCCCUUGUUUGUUAUAUGCGUUUUGCUUUCUGGAAAAAUACCACCAUUCCUAGUGUUUGCCUGGUCUUAGCGAGGGAAAAAGACGAAAAAAAAAAGAGUUUUUAUUUUCUUCUGUUUUUCAUCAUUUAAAAAAAAAACCAUCAAAACAAAGAGAAGCAAGUCAGCUUCUUGGCUGGAUCCGAUUGCUAAAAAGCGGGCCAGGCAAUUAAUUUCAAAAAAAUCUUGCGAUAAGAAAGUCGCCAGUAUCACUCGCCUGGAUCUGAUGCUUAGCUGAUUUUUCAGGCCCUUUUUCUACUGAGCUUCUUCGUUGCACCGGACGGGACGCUCUUUCUCCUUUCGACUCUCUCCCCCUCUAACAAAAAGGAACUCUCAUUCACAUUCACAUUCACAUUCAGUAAGGUCAGCUGGAAAGGGAAUCCGUCUGCUCCUCUCGCGUCACCACAAAACACCCCGUCAUAUUUUCGAGUGUCAGGCACCACAAGGCAAACAAAUCUUGAGGUGGAACAUGUCAAGCGAUAAUUCCUUGGUAAUUCAACUUUAUUGGGGAGGCAAAAUUAUAUAUGCUGGAGGAUCAAUGUUUUACGAUCCCCCGAUGCCGAAAAAGGUUAUGUUCCUUAGAGAAAGGGUAGGCUUUAAUGAGUUGAUAGACAAAGUAUACAGCAUUAUGGGUCUAGACCAGAAUCGACAUAAGAUUAGUUUGAUAUUUCGAAAUUGUGUGCAACAUGGUGUGUUUGGUGCGAUGCCUUUGGUAGAUGAUAAUGGAGUUGAUGGAAUGUACUUUUUAAAAGCCAAAAGUGGGCAUGCCACUGAGAUUUAUGUGGAGGUGGAGGAGCUCUUAGGUUUGAGACAAUGUGAUAAUCAGACCUUGCCAAUAGCAAGUCCACAUAGAGAUGUCCAACAGGCUCAAAGAGGACGAAAAAGAGGUAGUGAGCACCGUAUAGAGAAGGAUUGUCCCAGUAGUAGUCACAUGCCAACAUUGGAGACUCGUGAUUCGAACACUAAUGCAGCUACAGUGCUUGAUGCUGCAACAAAUACUGAUAUUGAGUUGGUAGAUGUGGAUGUGGACUCUGAACCAGAACCAGAGGCUGAUGAUUUUGGUGAUAAUGACCAUGAAUAUGAUACAUCUGGGCAGGCAGGCAACUCAGGCGAAGGGGCUACCACUCAUGAUCACGCGAGUCCUAGUGUAGCACCACAUCUACGUUCUAGAAGCACACUUGAACCAGAACCAGAGGCUGAUGAUUUUGGUGAUAAUGACCAUGAAUAUGAUACAUCUGGGCAGGCAGGCAACUUAGGCGAAGGGGCUACCACUCAUGAACAUGCGGGUCCUAGUGUAGCACCACAUCUACGUUCUAGAAGCACACCACCUCCGCAUCCCGGUCCGAUUGAUCCGAGCGUUUUGUAUCUGCAGACGCAUCACAGAUCCACUGCGGUCUUUCAUGGCGCAGGCGACGUCCUUGAUGUGAGACGUUGUGAUAAAAAGUUUUUUGAUAUCUUUAGACAUUCUGACCCUCGAAUAUCUCGCUACAUUGACAUAGCUGGUUUUGGUGGGGUACGUAGGGCCGGUUAUCUUCAGGUAAACCAUGGCUUGAUCACCGCGCUAGUUGAGCGCUGGAGACAGGAGACACACACAUUUCAUCUUCCUGUUAUGGGUGAGGCGACUGUCACAUUGCAGGAUGUUGAGGUACUAUGGGGCUUGCCCGUGGAUGGGUUGCCGGUUACUUUGAUCCAUGUUAAACGAAGUCCACUUCAGCGCAAACAUCUAGUUCAAGAGGUUUUGGGAUUUUGGCCAGAGGAUAAUUGUUUCAGGGAAGGGCGGCUAAAGAUGUCAUCUAUGUAUGCACGACUAGGAACACAAUUACCGCCAGAUGCUCCAGAUGAGAUGGUUCGCCAGUAUGCUCGAAUGUGCAUUCUAAUUUUAUUAGGCGGGUUGCUAUUUGCAGACUCAUGUGGUAAUGUUGUUAGCCUUAACUGGCUCGAUUAUGUGCGUGAUUUGGAGGCCAUGAGUAAGUACAGUUGGGGGAGUGCAGUACUGGCCUGUUUAUACUCACGUAUGUGUCAUGCAUCGCAUGUGGGGCAGAAUACCACUGGUGGACCAUACUUGUUACUACAGCUAUGGGCGUGGGAGCGGAUUCCGACAAUUCGUCCUGACGUAUCUCUUCCACGAUUGACUGGUGAUUAUCCUAGAGGAGGGAGAUGGUCAGCCGAGCGUACUGGGGUUGACCCUCCUAGUCAGGACGUAUCAUAUUAUCGAGAGCAACUAUCUUUGCUACGGAUGGAUCAAUUCAUCUGGAUGCCAUACCCUGAUGAUGUACUAGCAUCUUUGCCCGAAUAUUGCAGACGAGGCGCACGUAUAUGGAGGGCAAGGGUCCCGCUGAUAUUUUGGCACAUUGUUGAGUUUUAUUUCCCAGAUCGAGUCUUGCGUCAAUUCGGAAUGAAGCAAAACAUUCCCCAGAGCGUUGACACUGAUCGGGGGGGAUUGCAUCAACUUGGUUUGGCCGGAUUUGCAGGAAGAAAUUGGGCUGAAUUUCAUAGUGUUUGGAUAGGUCAUUGGAAUGACCGUGCUAAUGCUGAAGUUUCAGGAGAGUCGACGCAUACAUUCAGUCCUUCAAACGACUAUCUAAGCUGGUAUCAUCGUCACACCGUCUUGUAUAUUACACCUCCACUUCGCAAGCAUCCGCAGUCCGGGCACGUGCACUAUGAGGCUUCAGGACAGUUCGAGUAUCUGAUGGAUAGUAUGCAUCGCAUUGCCCACCAAUCUUUGGACGGGCUCCAGCAUGAUGACCCUACACAUAGUUUUCAUCCGAGUCUAGUGAUGAUUGCGGAUGAAGCAUUCGGGUCUAUGCAGUACCUUCGGCGAUUUGAUCGCAUGAUUUUCGAGCCCACGGAGCGACAGGACAGUGGUGCCUCUAUGUCGCACAAUAUCCCUCACCAAAGGUCAGUUGGACGUCUUCCCAGCCAAACACGGGCAUCAUCUCGUGGAAGUAGACGUCACGAGCAUGGCCUACGUGAUGAAGUCAAAUAACAUUUGCUGUUUAUUUAAUUAAGAAGUAAAAAUAAUUGGAUGGAUAAUUAAAAUUAGAUGGUUUACAUAAUUUAAGGUUAUCCAAAAAAAAGAUAUUAAGAGAAAAAUUGACACUCCAUCGAUAUGAAGAGAUUUUCCUACAAAAAGACUAAUAAUGUUUGGAGGUCGUCGUGUUUUUUUUUUGGCAAUGCGGGCUCGUAAUUCAUGAAAUAAAAAAUUUUAAUGGCUGUCGUGUUGACUCAGCACGAUGGCCAGUUGUGAUAAUUUAAAAAAAAAAUCAUUUUACCCAUCGAACUAACUCAGUUUGGUGGGCAUGUAUUAGUACAUAUAGAUUCCGACAGUGACAAUUGACCAGUUUUUUUGCCACCAAUAUAUAGAGAAAUUAAUCCACCAUUUUGGACCUUUUAAAAUAUAUAUGUAUAUUGACUUUCACUAUCAAGUAUGAGGUAGACUCCAAUGGCUUAGCUGUAGAUUGGACCAUAUAUAUAUAUGUGGGUCUUUGAAAAGCAGAAGCUGUUGCUGUUUAGAUGUCCUGAGAUGGGCAGUUUUCUUGCCCUGAAAUAAGGUGAUCAUGGUCUUACUGGUCUGGCUUGUAUCAGCAACUUGUGCAAUUAAUGAUUCACGACAUUUCAUCAGUUCGAAUUAUAGCCAUCACAUUAGAUUAUUGCUUGUGCACCAUGACUUGUGGAAUCAUGGAUAAGUGAAUUCUGCACAGAACUGAAAAAGUUCCUAGGCUGAUAAAUGUAUUGAUGUCUGACUCAAGCAACGAAUUGAACACUUGAGAAUAAUUCCUCUGGAC